CCUUUCCCAGCGACACCGCGCAUGCGCCAUUAGUCUCCUUCAUUGUGUCCCCGUCACACAGCGCUAAGCUAAGCUAAGCUAGCUGUCAACCCGCGGAGCAGCAUCACUUCAGGGACGCUCCAGGCUUUGUAGACCCCCCAGUGAAAACCUUUGCACAGCACAAUGGCUGUCCCUCCUUCAUACUCAGACCUGGGCAAAUCUGCCAAGGAUAUAUUCAGCAAGGGCUAUGGCUUUGGCAUCGUGAAGCUGGAUCUCAAGACCAAAUCACAAAGUGGAGUGAUGGAGUUCAACACAUCUGGCUCCAGUAACACAGACACAGGGAAGGCCGCAGGAAGCCUGGAGACCAAAUACAAGAUGAAGGAGCUGGGCCUGAGCUUCAACCAGAAGUGGAACACAGACAACACACUGGCUACUGAAGUGACUGUAGAGGACCAGCUGACUCAAGGACUGAAGGUUGCCUUGGAGACGUCUUUUGUACCAAACACAGGUAAGAAAAGUGGGAAGCUGAAGACGGCAUACAAGCGUGACUACGUCAACCUGGGUUCUGACGUCGACUUCGAGGGUCCCAUCAUCCACGCCACCGCUGUGCUGGGCUACGAGGGCUGGCUGGCCGGCUACCAGAUGGCCUUCGACACAGCCAAGUCCAAACUGGCCCAGAACAACUUCGCCCUGGGAUACAGGGCUGGAGACUUCCAGCUGCACACCAAUGUUAAUGACGGGACCGAGUUUGGCGGCUCCAUCUACCAGAAGGUGAACGACGAGCUGGAGACGGCGGUCACUCUGGCCUGGACCGCCGGCAGUAACAACACUCGCUUCGGUAUCGCUGCCAAAUAUAAGCUGGACAAAGACGCCUCUCUGUCUGCCAAAGUGAACAAUGCCAGUCUGAUCGGAGUAGGCUACACCCAGAGCCUUCGGCCAGGCGUGAAGGUCACCCUCUCCGCUCUGAUCGACGGGAAGAACUUCAAUGCCGGUGGACACAAAGUCGGCAUGGGCUUCGAGCUGGAGGCAUAAGGUGGAGAACUCAGACCCAUCCACAAAGAAAAAGCCCAGAACCACAACACCACACACUGUUCUGUCCUCAUGCACACACCCACACACCCACAAACACUAGUGCUCUGGCCACACCCCUCCUCCUCUCUGGACUCCCUCACACGUUUCCCCUGUCCUCACAUUUCAUGAGCAUUUCUGACAGUAAUGGUCAACCCUGAGAGCUGUGAAGCCGAAGCUUAUUAGCGAUUCUAUGGUUACAGAAGUGUGGCUUGUUAUUUCCCCUUAUGUCCCUUGGAUGAAGUAGUCUUAAGUGUAAAUGUGUAGCUUAUCAAACCCUCUGUAUUGUUGUCCCUUCCUUCCUCCAAAAAAAAAGCAUGUCAGGGUGAAAACGUGGACGCAGAGCUGAAAGCUUUCCUGCUUGGUUAAAAAGGUGCUGAGUGUCUGUUUCCUCUUGUUUUGUUGUGUUUGAACAUUUGACUGAGUUAUUUAAUCUCAAACUGUUUUGAUUCGACACAUUUCAUGAACGUAGGACUGAAAUAUUGAAGCACUGGUGGUUAAAGUUCGUUGGUGGAAUGAAGGAUAUUUAAAACGUGCUUUACUUUAUGGGAACAUUGAAAGUCUCUUUAGUGCAGGUGCUCCUCAAUGUCGUUUUUAAUCCUUUGCGACGUUUGUUAGGUGAAAUCAAUGCAGUGGAAUCUUCUGGUAGUUUGUGUAGUUAGUUUGCAUUUCUACAACAUUGUUUUCAUCUAUCUGUCUCAGCACGACUGUCUCAAAGUGUUUUGCACCUCGUAGGUAUCUCAGCAGCUCAGUGGCAUCAGCUGUUGCCACAUGUUGCUCGGGGGACUGCACUCAUUGCUGUCAGGGUUCUGUUCUUGAAAACCAUCUACACUCCUCAGAUGUGAACAUAAUAAUGCAGCUGAUUGUCCCGGCAUAAUGCUCCACUGGGAAAUGGAAGAAGCUGUUGUGUCCUUUUACUUGUUUUAGUUAACAUGCACCAAAAAUGUUUUUUUUCCUCCCUUCUAAAUCUGUUCUUAUGAGUCAUUUUUGUUUGUCACUUAGACACAGUACCUCAUUUUUUUCCAAUGUUAACUAAGGAAAUUAUAAUAAUAAAAAAAAGAUAAAAACUG